CGGAAGCGGAAGGCCUGUCGCUGCCAGUCGACACCUCAGUGAGCAGUCGCCAUGCGCGUGUUGGAAGAGCCGGGGCCUCAGCCCACAGCGACCGGGUGUGGGUGCGUGAAGCCGGCUCUGGAAACAGGGAAUCUUUUAACUGAGCCAAUUGGCUACUUGGAAUCCUGUUUCUCAGCCAAGAAUGGUACUCCAAGGCAGCCGUCUAUUUGUAGCCAUUCACGGGCUUGUUUGAGAAUUAGAAAGAGCAUCUUUAAUAAUCCUGAACAUUCCUUGAUGGGCUUAGAACAGUUUUCUCAUGUUUGGAUUUUGUUUGUUUUUCACAAAAAUGGUCAUUUGAGCUGUAAGGCAAAAGUGCAGCCUCCUAGGCUGAAUGGAAUAAAGACUGGAGUUUUCUCCACAAGGAGCCCACAUCGUCCCAAUGCAAUAGGACUGACCCUGGCCAAACUGGAAAAGGUAGAAGGUGGAGCUAUAUACCUUUCUGGAAUUGACAUGAUUCAUGGCACACCUGUCCUAGACAUAAAGCCCUACAUAGCUGAGUAUGACUCGCCACAAAAUUUGAUUGAGCCUCUACAGGACUUUAAUUUACAGAAUAACCAAUAUAAAUCCCAAAACACAUCCCAGUCUGAUGGCAAGACUGACCACUGUGACCAGCGACAGCUCUCAAGGUGUGAUAAACCACAAGCCUGUAGUCAUACUAAGGAAAAACCUAAAUGUCAUGAAGAUGGAACUUCAGGAGCAAACUACAUGAAACCUGAUAACUCAACAAAAGUCCAGCAAAACUCCCCUCAGCCCAGGGAGAUAGCAGAAGAUUUGGGUGUAGAAUCAAGAAGUGAUCAGAGUCUGAGUGUGGCAGAAGAACACAUUGGCUCAAAUUGCCCGGGGAAGAGCUUUUCAGAGGAAGGUACAGAAAAGAGGUUAAAGAGAGGGAAGGAAGCAGUGGUCGCACAAGGAAACAGUGUGGAGAUGCAGCCGGUGGUUCUUCACUGUCCUUCCAGGAUGGCUGGUGCAGCCCGCCGCAGCGCAGUCCCUGACUGGGUUAGAGAGGCCCCCGUGACCCCCUUGGAAGUCCGCUUCACUCCUCACGCAGUGACAGACCUCGAGCACCUCAGUUCAGAAGGUGAGCCAGAUGGCAGUCAGCCUUCAUUUAAGUAUUUUCAAUCAGCAGAGGAAGCAAGGCAUGCCAUUGAGGCUGUGCUGUCAGCCGACCCGCGGUCUGUGUAUCGACGGAAGCUCUGCCAGGACCGCCUUUUCUAUUUUACUGUAGACAUAGCACAUGUCACUUGCUGGUUUGGUGAUGGCUUUGCAGAGGUUCUAAGGAUCAAGCCAGCUUCAGAGCCUAUUCAGAUGACUGACCCCGAGGAGUCCUUGGUAUCUCUGGGAUCAUAAGUAGUGUCCGUCAUGUGUUUAAAACAGCCUAAUUGACUUUGGAUGUGGCUGUUGCAUUAACUAUACAAGCUAAUGGUAUGCCUUCUUUGCACAAAGAAGCAACACUCAGUGAUCUCACUGCUUUGAUUGUUAAUGGUUGUUCGAAGUAUUUGUUUGAAAAAGAUUUUUAAUAAACAGAUAAAAGUUAGAGAAAUUUCCAUCUGCUUUUCAUUUGGUUAAUAUCAAAGAAUCCAAAGGUGAUGAUAUCGCAGUAAUUUCUGAAAGAGGCUGAAUGUUUUUGGCACUUGGUAAAACUAGGCAGAGAUCAUUCUAGCAGGAACUUAUAAGCUCAGGGGAUCUGUUCAACAGUUCAUAUUGGUUUUCCUAUCUGGAAAAGCUUGACCUCUCUCUUUCAUUAUAAAUCAUACUGAAUUGGGGUGCCUGGGUGGCUCAGUAGGUUAAGCAUCUGCUUUCAGCUCAGGUCAUGAUCCCAGAGUCCUGGGAUUGAGCCCCAUUUCGGGCUCCCUGCUCAGCAGGGAACCUGUUCUCUCUCUUCCUCCACCUGCUGGUCCCCCUGCUUCUGCUCUCUCUCUCUCUGUCAAAUAAAAAAAAAUCUUAAAAAAAAAAUCAAACUGAGUUAACAAUGUCUUAGGAAACUAGCAGAUCAAAAACAAGUGGUUCUAAAGGUCUUUAGAAAUUAAACACCUGUGUUUUGUAGACUUUAUCAUAAACACAUUUGUAUGUAUAUGUAUACAUAUACUUAAUCCUGAUUCCAAAGAGGGACUCUGAUGUUUCUUUGGGUGUCUUUGUAUCAGAAAAGAAAGUCAAAGAAAGUCCCAGAAGUCGAAGAAAAUAACUUAAUUACUGGUUUAUUUCUUACUUGUUUUAUGAGUAUUUACUAAAAAACUAUUAAUGGGUUAGGUUUUGGUGAUAAAGUCAGAUAAAAACAGGUUGUAGUUCUUGUUGUAAGUCAUAGUUGGGGAGGAGGAAGAUAUGAGCAUGUUACUGUGUUACAGUUAGAUAAAUAUAGUAAUGAAGUCUGUAUGUGGUUCCUUUGUAGUACAACGUAGGCAGCAGUUGUAAGAAUGUAUUGCCUAUAGGUGAUUUUGAUGAUGUGAUCUGAGAUAGCUGAAGAUUUAUGAUCAGCGUAACCAAAUUAGACACCUGUCAGCAUGACAGGCUUUCCUAAUCACAACUGUAAAUCUUAAUAGCUGAUUGAACAUGGUUUUGAAAUGAGCUCUGCUACCUGUGGAUACUUGCACAGAGUCAUUUGUGGCUGAUGACACUGCACUCUUGAACCGAACUGGAUUGUCUUUGAGGUUACUUAGAACCUCUUGGGGAAAUAACUUUUUUU